AUGUCCAGGUUCGACAUGCAACAGUACCUUGGUCCUGCAUCAAUUCGCCUGUUCGGCCUUUCGAUCACGGUCAUCACCGCGCGACACCUCUUCGAAGAUGGCUUUCACGUUCCGACAUUCCUUUCGCUGGCCCAUGUUACGAUUGCAUUGGUUUGCAAAGCUCUCUUCCAGUCGAAGAAUGAGGCACGAGAUCCAAACGAACAUCGACAACACUCUCUCACUUCGUUUGCCUGGCUGUUGGUUUAUACCGCAUCGAUCACCGGAGCCCUCAUCUGCGCGUAUCAGUCUCUGUUGCACACGAAGAAUACGACGUUAUGGAUGAUGAUACUGAGCUUGCAUUGGGACUCGCUUCUCCCGGAGGACGCUCGCUCAUUGCUUGAAAGGAGUUCGUCGACCUGGCUGGUGGAGAUCUUGCGGUACACGACAUUUGCCAUAUGCGUGGCUCUUCUCUUCCUGCAAGAUCACCACAUGACGAACGAGUUUGAAUACUUGACUUUGGGCGCGGCUGGGUGCAUGGUUAUCGCGAAGAGAUCGUUUGAAGAGGCGAGAGAAGUGAGCUUUGCGGGCUGGGGUGCGCAUACUUUUGCUUUGGCGGUCAGUCUCGUGCCAAUUCUUGCGUUCAUGGCCCCGAAUGAGUGGAAGAAUAGUGGAGACUUUGCAUUGUACGGACAUUUGGGUCUGCUGCUUCUGAACCUGCCUGCUGGUGCCGCGGUACUGUAUGACGGUGCCGCGGUGUCACAGGCUGCGGAUGAUGAGGACGAACAUACACACAUAUCAGAACACUCUGGCCUCGAUCGAAUAUGCGUUGCGGUUUGCCUUGUUGUGCUGACCGCACUGGAUAAUCUCCUGUUCCAGUCAAGACCGACCAUGACCACCAUUGGACAGUGGGUGGCCUUCGUUGUUGCCCUGUUGGCGACAAUGGACUUCGAAAGUGCUCUGGUUCAGUGGGAACAACUAAAGCUUCCUUGGAUCAGACACCCGUGGCUCGACAAUGUACGCCAAAUUCGACUUCCUAGUGAGGACCAUGAGGACGAGGAUGAGGAUCAUGUCGGAGAGGUACACGACGAGCAUACCCAGUCAAAUGAGUCGAUACAUUACUCCACAUGGCUACCCUUGGCCUUUCAAAGCAUGCUUAAUGCGCUCGUGUGGCUUCUUGUGCUGCAUGCCGCGUUGAUGAACCGCAAGUUCGAUACCUCGUACAGCCAGAACAGCUCAAGGCCUCCUCGACUGGACAUCGUGAUCGCUCGGUACGAAGAGCCUAUUGAAACCGUCGCCGACGCCGUGCAUUCAAUCUUGCAGAUCCCAAAGAUUGCGGCCAUGAACACCACCGUCUUGAUCUAUAACAAAGGCAGCGACAUCGACAUCUCCUCGCGGUUCCCACUAGCUUCUGAUGUUAUUGUGAGCCCACGGAAGAAUGUCGGCCGCGAAGGCGAAACCUUCUUAAGUCACCUGCUUAAUGAAAGCUAUAGCUUCGCAGACCACACGUUGUUCAUGCAGGCAGAACCUCAUGAGCUGCACUGGCUGGUCGCUAGGAUCCGACAGUACUUCAUCCAGAACACUGAUUUUCUAUCACUCUCCUACACCGGCUCAUUCUGUUCUGCAUGUGACAGAUGUUGGGACAUCUCCGGCUGGCAUGAAGGAUCGAUCGUCAAGGACAUUUUCGAGCAGACGAACCCAGACGAGGAUUGCUCGGGGAUCUCGUUGACGUAUCGCGCUCAGUUUAUUGCUUCUCGAGCACGCAUGGAGCGCAUUAAUCGCGGCACGGUAGAGCAUAUUAGGGAGAGGCUCGUGGGCAAUGAUGCUUUCGGAUUCAGUUUGGAGCGGCUUUGGGGCAUGAUAUUUGGAUGUCCGUCUAUCUCCUCAAGCUGUCCAAGUCUAUGGAGUGGCCAGAUGGGUAUAUUUGCUCCGGGUGGAGCGGGUGACUGUCAGUGUCUUGAUAGUGAGCAGCUCUAA